UCCACCUCCUCCCGACGAGGCGGUGGUGUUUUUUGGCAGCACACCGACGGAUCUCUGACACCGCUGACUGAUUGAAUGAGUGCACCGGGUGCUGGCAGCGGCACCGUAACGUGAACUAGACGGCAGGAAUAACGCGGAACCUGCCGCCCUAAACGCCAAAAAAACACCGGAGUCACAUAUCAGCCGGAGCCGAUUCGCGGCCACAAGCUAGCGCCGCGGUAAGCUAGCCACUGGGUACGGUUAGCCGGGUAGCUAAUGCUAGCUGACAAGUCUUGUCUCCGGUGGACCUGUGUGCCGUUAGCGAGGAGGGGGAUUGCUGCGUGGACAGUAGUGGCAACUUGUUCAGCCGGGCCUUUGUGUAUCCUAUGAUCUCGCGUCGCUAGUUGUCGGAACCAAAAUGUCCACGACUUCGUUGGAUAAAGAAUUACAGGAGCGACUGAGAGAGGCGUCUGCCAUCGGGGACAUCGACGAAGUGCGGACGUUAGUGGAGAGCGGGGUGAAUGUGAAUUCCCAGAACGAAAUCAAUGGAUGGACGUGCCUGCACUGGGCAUGCAAGAGGAACCAUAAGCAGAUAGUGUCCUACUUACUCAGUUGUGGAGCGGACAAAGAAAUCCUCACGGCUAAGGAUGAGCUGGCAUCACAGCUCACAUCCAAACCAGAGAUCAAACGACUGUUAGGAGUCGAGGUGGAGGAAGUGCCUGAAGUCAAGGAGCCGGAGCUGCCAAUCAUCCCCAGCUACCUGUCUAACCCGCCCUUCAUGUAUUCCAAGAUGGACAACAAGUCAGACAUCAUCCUUACCCAGCACCUUACACAAAACGGUUCUGGAGAACAUGCUGACGACACACAGAGCGAUUCCGCCUCUCUUUCCCCGACGCAUGAGCCUCAGAAGUCACAGAGCCUGGUCUCCGACAGCUCCACUCCUCCACCAAACCCCACCGUCAACCACAGUCCAGCCCAAGCUGGGGAGUUUAUCCCUGUGGCUGAGCAAAACGGCGUCUCACCGAGCUCGGCCUCGUCCCACAAUCACACCGUGGUCAACUGCACGGUGCCCAUGGACCUGUCGGUCGAGCCUCACCUCGUCAACCACGCCGACUACCCGCAUGCAGUGGCACACAACGGCACCAUGUGUUCUCCCCCGUUGGCCUCGCCCAGCCCCAGCUUGGCUAGCAACGGCGGGAGCCAGGUCCAAGCCCCGGUGGCCAGCACCAACCCGACUGUGAGCAGGCAGCAGUCUAUCCCGCAGCAGCUGAGCUACAGCCAGGCUGGUGGGCCCAUGCCAGCCUUCCAGCCGUUCUUCUUCACCAGCACCUUCCCUGUCAACGUACAAGAGCUGGUGCUGAAGGUGCGCAUUCAGAACCCCAACGCGCGAGAGAACGACUUCAUCGAGGUGGAGUUGGACCGCCAGGAGCUCACCUAUCGCUCCCUCCUGAGAGUCUGCUGCCGCGAGCUGGACAUCAGCGCCGAGCACGUGGAGAAGAUCCGCAAGCUGCCCAACACCAUGUUAAGAAAGGACAAGGACGUGGCUCGACUGCAGGACUUUCAGGAGCUGGAGGUCGUGUUGGAGAAGGCAGAAGGCCUGUCCCUCUUCUCCGGGGCGGGGGGCUUAACAGACAGACCCUGCUACAACAUGAAGGCCUCUCGCCUCACGUACUAGAGCUGCCACCACAGCCUGAGGUCUCCCCGCUUACGAUGGGCUUCUGUAGCUACCCUCGAGCAACCGUAACCAGUUGCCUGCCCAGGUCCCCUGUUCCAGCUUUGUUCGGCUUUGGUGUUUUGCCAAUUUCCUAACUGGGAUUUGUUUUUUCAACUGUAGCUAUUGUCCUCCUCCUGUCCUCCUCUGGCCCUCCUGCCGCUUUAGUGUACCCAACCAGUUCUAAGCGAUUACUGAUGCAUGGUGUCCUCGAUUAUGUGCGAAAGUAUUUGGGCCCCUCUCUCCUCUCUUUAUCUCUUUCUCUCCUCCCACUGCACUUUGUGCCAAAGGCUCCGGUGGGACAACAGAGGGGGGACGUUGGCUUGUCUUCCUUAUGGGCUGGACUUGAACGGGAUUCUGCAAUAGCCUUAUAUGGACACGUUUCUAUACCGGCUGUGGACUUUGGUCACGGGAGGAACACGGUCCGAGACGACCGGGAGCAGAGGACGACGGGAAGGAUUUCAUAACUGAUGCGAUCGUUUUCAGUCCAGGGAACAGGACUGAAGACGCAGCACAGCGGACUUGCACACAGCAACUCGGAUUUCUAGCAAACUGACCUACAUCAGAUCUUCUCGCUUGUGUUCACACUUUCAUACAUGCUGUAGGCAUAAACCUGAGUGUCUUUCCUGCAGACGGUGUCCGUUAUUGGCCCAAUUGUUAAGGCGGAGCGAAUCUCACACCAGGUGAGGUUUAGGGAUCUUUCAUUGGCUGACCACUUACAACAAUGCUUGAACCUGUAUCCCCACAAGGAAGGACACAUUGGAGGAGAAGCACUCGUUUCCCUACGUAUUGAAAUCAUUCAGUCAUACACUGUGGUAAAGGGGUAAUUACUUGGGGUAGCUGUCUGUCUUUUGUGUUCUUUCAUGUGAGACAAAAAAAACAACUUAAUUUACAUAAUAGAGAUAGAAGUGCAACAACUUGAAGCAGGACGAUUUUAUUCUUAUUUUACUUUACGAUGCAUAAUCACUUCUGCUUUGCAGGACGUGUCGUUCUGCUGAGUCAGCAGAACACCUAAACUGUCAACUGUGAAGUAGUCAUAUUUAAUUUAACGUUGAUUUCUUACUAACGGAAGCGAGAACGCGCGUCGGGUUUUAGGGAGACGAGGCUCGAGUCCCGGCGAAGGUCGCGUACGAGGCUCCCACUGGGUUUGUCUCGUAGGUUUUCGGUUCUCUGUCGUCGUGUUUUAACUGUGAUUAGAAUCAAAACCAAAAACUAAUCUAGCCAGCAAAGAUACUAACUGCAGAACAAACUAUCACUGCUUCAGAAAAGAUGCAGCCUCGUUAGGGUUUUGUUUUUUUGUUUUAUUGCCUCAAAAUAAGAGAAAAGAAAACAAGAGAUGGAAAAGGAGUUUUAUCAUUUUGUGCUUCCUUCUUCCUCCAACAUUCACACAAAGGAUAUCUUUUUCUCUGUUGCGCUGUCACCUCAGUUUAAACCUGCUGUCUGGUGACUGGACUUUUUUUCCUCCUUAAUUUAACAACUGAAGACGACACAGAACAUCGAUGCAGGGCUUCACGGUGAGCAAAGGCCAGUGUAGAGUUUAUAUUUACUGUUUGAGUUUUGUCGGUGUUUCCUGUUCGGAGACUGCACGGACAAGACGAGUAUUAACACUAACGACAAAGUACAUCAUAAAGACUGCGAUGCUGAUGUUUAUGCUGCUUUCAUCAUCACGUACUAUUCCUUUCGAUGCUGGGGCUCAUUUGUUCUAAACAGUCGGGACGCCACGCGUGUCCUACAAUCAAAAGUUUCUCAACCCAGUGGUAACUGUUUACUGUUCAAAAUGUAUACCUGAAGCUCUUACUGUAUUUGUAUGUUUUAUGAUAUAUUUUUUAUUAAUUUGUAUAUAUUUUUAACCAGCUAGGCCUGUUGUGUUUGUGUCAAAAGAGAAAAAAAAAAAAAAACAACAGAAGAAAAAAGUCUACUAUCGCGCCAGAGGGUUCGACGAGAAGUGCAAUGCGAGGGGAGGAGGAUGUGUAGAAAGGACUACCAAGAGUGCUUACUUUACGUUCAUGUUAAACGCUUUAUUAAGUGACGUCGUGCCACAUGUGCGAGGCAGGAGCUCGGGGGACGACAACCCCUCCGGCCAGGCGGUGCCCGGGCCACCGACGGCACCGGUUGGUUUCUCUAGGAUCUGGUUUGAUUCUGUGGAAGGAGGACGACUAACAUUGUGUUUGUUGGGUUGCUUAUUGUUCUAGAAAAAGCAGAAUACAGUUUGACUUAACCUAUGCAUUCAGAGUCUGAUAUUUUUAUAUACAGUACGUUCUGUGUACUCGUAGAAAUAAUCUUAGGCAGUGUUCAAAUUGUUUUUUUUUUUUUCUGUUCUGGAGACGACCUGAAUCUGUUCUUUGAUAAAAGCAUGGUAAAUUACUUGAUUUAUUUUUUUUCUCUCCAUCUUUUUGGUCGAUCCACGUUGUACCGUGUUGCUUCUGUCGCAGGUUUGUGUGCGACGUUCCGGUGAGCGGCCGCUAGAGGGAGCACAUGAGCAAACAUUGGCAUCAAGCGAGCCACAUUCUGCACUACAAGAGAGUACUUUUGGGGAUGAUAAGUGGGUAGUUUUUUGUUCUGAAUUCAUUUGGGUCUGUUUAGAAACCGGCCCGUGGUGUCUUUCUAUUGACUUUCACCAGUCUUUCUAUGUCCUCGUCCUUCCUGUGUGUCUCAUAUUUUAAGUGCAGCACUUUAGGGAGUAAUCGACGAAGCUAAUCUUCUACAUACAGACGAUUCUCAUGGAAUACUAUUAUUAUUAUUAAUAAAUACAAUUUCUGCUUCAGUGCUCAUUCUUGUACUGAUGUUGCACAGGUCGGACAGAACCUUGACGCUCAUGUGUUCUGCCUGGAGGCGGUUCUUCCUCGUCGGUGGUUUCAUUACUGAAUUCCAGGAAGUGAAGUUUGAAAGUGUAGCAGAGUCGGUGGGACGUUACAGACACUCUUAUUUGGAUUGAUUCUAAUAAACAUCAGAAUAAUGUU